UAAAGACCUUUUGAGGAUCAUAAAUAAUUUCAGCCCACUUCAUUUACUUCAAGAUUAGCUGUACGUCAGCCUUCAUGUGGAGGGAACUUGACAAAAUGGCUUGCGCAGCAGACAGCUGCAUACAGUUCACACGCCAUGCAAGUGAUGUUCUGCUCAACCUGAAUCGGCUGCGUAACAGAGAUAUUCUCACAGAUGUCACUAUCUUGGUUAACAGACAGCAGUUUCGUGCACACAAGACCGUUCUCAUGGCUUGCAGUGGGCUGUUUUACACCAUCUUUACUGACUCCCACAAGUGCAACCUUAAUGCUAUCAGUCUGGACCCAAAGGUGGACCCCGAGGGCUUUGCCAUCCUGCUGGAGUUUAUGUACACCUCCCGUCUCACACUAAAGGAAAGUCUGAUCAUGGCUAUCAUGAAUACAGCCAUCUACUUGCAGAUGGACCAUGUUGUGGACACCUGCCACCGAUUCAUCAAAUCCAGUGAUCCAUCUGCCAAGCUGCCCAGAGAUGAGUUUUUGGUCAGUCCCUUGGUUUUACCUCAGGAAGUCCAUGCGUACCGGCCCCAUGAUGUUGUUGACAGUUUGCACAGCCGUGUAGCUCCAUUUAGGGAUGGCAGGCCCUACGGCUCAAACAUGUUCAGCGGGGUCAGCACCCCCAGCAACUACCAUCUCUACGGGCAGUUUCCCAUGCCAGGAUUCCCUUUCCCUCUCUGCAAGCUGACUGAUGCCAAAAACGCUUUUGCUGACCUCUCUAAGAGUGGUAUCCACCACAAGCAUUGUUCGCCGCAUGACAGCGCCAACACCAUCAGGGCAGAAUACACCAGGGCAGUUGGCACUAGCUCCUCCAGCAUUAUUCACUCCACAACCUACGCUUCCAGGGAGGUAGGGAGAGACGAUGAGAUAAGGAAGGAAAGCCACGAGGGGGUCAGCCAGUCUAUCGGUCUCGGCACAAGGAAGCGCACGUUUCCUGUGUUAACCCUCGAGCACCAGAAAGACUCGGGCAAAGAACACGCUCCUCAGGCGGAGGAAGACCUGAUCCAUCAGCACUACCCACUGGGAAUCUCCUCUGCCGGACGCAAGAGCCUCAUGAGCAGCCCGCAGAGCCCCCUCAAAUCAGACUGCCAGCCCAACUCCCCAACAGAGUCCAGCAGUAGCAAGAACGCUGGCCUGUCCCAAGCCGCUGGAGUGCAAGCCCCGCAAGGUACGCAAGACCCCAAAGCUCGCAACUGGAAGAAGUACAAGUUCAUCGUGCUGAAUCAGAGCGCUAAGGAAGACGAGGUGGGGCUGCGGGAUCCAGGGCUUCGUUCACCUCAGCGCCUUGGCCUGCAACCCUACCUCCACCCCAGUGACUCGGAGAACCUCGACCCCCAAACCACAAGCAAGAGCAACGAUCACAGUGAGGACCUGCCUGUGCCCCAGGCCAGUCGUCUCAACAACAUCAUUAACAGUGCACUUGAGGGGUCGCUGAGGAACGGUGACAGCCACCCUCCACACUACCUGAGCCGCCUCAACUGCUCAUCCUGCGGCUCCCAGUCCCCACAGCACUCUGAAGUCUGUCCCAACACCCCCAGGUCGCGUUUAGCAGAAGACAUGGCAGAGCUCCACUCAGAGUACUCGGACUCCAGCUGUGAAAACGGCACAUUCUUCUGUAACGAAUGUGACUCCAAGUUUGCUGAAGACGAAGCGCUGAAACAACACAUGCUUCAAGUGCACAGCGACAAGCCAUACAAGUGUGACCGCUGCCAGGCUGCUUUCCGCUACAAGGGCAACCUUGCCAGCCACAAGACUGUCCACACAGGAGAGAAGCCGUAUCGCUGUAAUAUCUGUGGUGCUCAGUUUAACAGACCAGCUAACCUCAAGACUCACACACGCAUCCACUCAGGAGAGAAGCCAUACAAAUGUGAGACGUGUGGAGCUCGUUUUGUACAGGUCGCUCAUCUCCGUGCCCAUGUGUUGAUCCACACGGGUGAGAAGCCAUACCCGUGCGAGAUCUGUGGGACACGCUUCCGUCACCUGCAGACGUUGAAGAGCCACCUACGCAUACACACAGGAGAGAAGCCCUACCAUUGUGAGAAAUGCAACUUGCACUUCCGCCACAAGAGUCAGCUACGGUUACAUCUUCGACAGAAGCACGGCGCCAUCACUAACACAAAGAUCCAAUACCGCAUGUCCACGGCUGACAUGCCCACUGACUUGACGAAGGCAUGCUGAGCUGGAAGAAGGGAACAGUUUUAUCGGAGGCAAUCUUGACCUUGGCAUUUAAAGACCCCAACUUGUACAAUCAUCCAAAAUUGUAGUGCCACACUGUGUUCAUUAGACAAAUAAAUUGGCUGCGUAUGCCAUUCUAAACGGGUUUCCACUACAUGUGAACGUAGAGCCACAUAUGGCAUCUUAGUCACUUUAUUGUUUCUAUAUACAGUAGAUAUAUAAAUAUAUAUAAAUGUAUGUAUGUGGGGAGUGUUUCUAAGCUUUGAAGGUACGUAUAUAAAGCUUUAUUUUGUUGAGAAGGAUGGAAUGUAAACAGUCUGUUUUUUGAAAAAUACAGUAUUUUAUAUCAGAGAACUUACUUUUCUGGAAGUAUUGAAAAUUUUGAUUGACGGGUGGUACAUAUAUUUUAAGAUAAUGGGAUUUACGGCUGCAUAGAGCUGUCUAUACAUUUUUAUGUAGAUGUACGUACAUGUUGCACCAUGUCAAGUUGCCAUAUUCGUGCAAAAGGGAAGAAAAAAAAAAAAAAA